GAGUCAAGGCAGCGGGACGAGUCACCACAUGCAAUCCCGAGAUUCCUUUUCCUGCGGGCAAACUCAGCAAAUCUGUGGGACGAGAUCAGUGAACGAUCAGCCAGAGUGCAGAGGACAACAAGCUGUGCAAAUGCAAAUAUAAACCAGUCGCAAUGAAUAACGGGAAUGCGAAAUAACAAGAUAGGGAGUCGUCAAAGUGAAAUCAUUGGCUGUGAGAGCAUCACAAUUGAUGGCUGUAGUUACCCUCUUUGGUUCAAGAGCCUGGUGGUUGAGGGGCUGUCACUGGGCUUAGGAACCUGGUGGUGCGAGACCUGAGGCUCCUGCGCCGCCUUGGUGGCAGCAGCAAGAAAAGAGCGUGGCCUGGGUGGUAUCAGCCGCAUCUGAUGGCGAUGUUUCAGACAGGAAUACUGGUUUUAACAUCCUCUCUUCGCCUUAUUCCAUCACGCCUAGCUCCAGUCCUGGCAGCAGCCGCCAAAAUUGUGGAGAAUGUACUCUAUGUUCACUUGCACCCCGGUUUGGGACUUACGGACAAUUGUGUUCCGCCCACCCCAACUUACGUUCCGGCGAACCGGGAGGUGUCUCAGAUACUGGCUCAUCUGUAUGCAAAAAGUUUAAGCGUUUGCAGUUGCCUUGAUGUCAGAGUCAUUCUUUCAAACAUUAAAAAUCACAGCUCGACUCCGCAACCUUUUUCAUCGGUACAGACGUUGUCUGAACUGCCGGAGGUGGUCCUCACAGACUAUUGUAUCACAGAUUUGAAUCAGUCUAGUCUAGUUACACAGUGUCUGGAAAAGUAUAUUCUUGGCUGCUACACCUGCAGACCCAACCUGCAGUCCAUAUUUUUGCCGUCUGGGGGUGACGAUGCGGAGAAUUCCCGCCCCGACGUGAACGAUUGGGGUCUGAGUGAAGGUUUGCCACCUUACAGUGACGUUGUACUUGGAGGCACUUUUGACAGGCUCCACUCUGCUCACAAGAUCCUCCUCAGUGUAUCGUGUCUUCUGACGAGAAAGCGUUUGUUAAUUGGAGUGGCGGAUGGAGAAUUACUCAGCGGUAAAGAUCUAAAGGAGUUAAUCGAGCCGUACCAGGAUCGUGUGGACAAGGUUAGGACGUUCCUGUUGGACGUGAAUCCAGGCAUACAAUAUGAGCUCUGCUCCCUGCGGGACCCCUAUGGACCAGCUAUCACCGACCCGGAUCUGGAGUGCAUUGUUGUUAGUGAUGAGACCCGUAAGGGUGGAGACGCAGUGAACCGGAAGCGACUGGCAAACGCCCUCCAGGAGUUGACAAUCCACCAGAUCGGUCUUGUCAAGGACGUCCAUCACACCAGCGAUGAAGAAGAAAAAAUCAGUUCGUCCACUCUCAGAAAGCGACUGUUAGGAUCUUUGCUCGUACCUCCCAAAAAUAAUCCUCGAAUACCAGCGACUCCUUAUGUGAUCGGUGUGACUGGGUACAUGGCCAGUGGAAAAUCAUCGGUUGUGCAGUACCUGCAGAAAAUGGGUGCUGCCACCAUCAACGCUGACGCUGUGGGGCAGAAGUCCUACAGGCCGGGAACAGCUGCCCAUCACAAAAUCGUUCAGGAGUUCGGACGAGAAAUCCUUCUGGAAGAUGGAACCAUCAACCGAACGGCAUUGGGAAAGAUCGUCUUCGAAGAUCAAGAGAAACUAAAACGUCUAACCAGCAUUGUGUGGCCAGAGACUGCAGCUCUCGUCAAACAGAUGAUCAGCCAGGCUGGUUCAGAGGGUAAAUCGGUGUGUGUGGUGGAUGCUGCACUUUUGCUAGAGGCUGGAUGGAUGGACAUGGUUCACGAGGUUUGGGUGGUGCUUGUUCCACAGGACGAGGUACUGAAGAGGAUUGUGCAAAGAGACAACAUCAGUGAGGAAGAUGCAAGAAAGCGACUUGCAAACCAGUGGAGUAAUUCCCAGCGGAUACAACAUGCCAACGUGGUCCUUUCCACGCAGUGGGAGCCCGAGUUCACCCAGAAACAGAUCCAGAGGGCAUGGCAACUCCUUCAGAAUCGUAAAUCCUCUUGCUGACAUCUUCCAAGACCAGGUUCGCAAAUGGGUUUUGUUUCUGUUAAUAUAAUGGUUUGAAAGAUUUUUCAAUAAUUCACAGAAGAUUCUUUAUUACACUGAGCAUUAAAUUUAUUGUAUGAACAACA